AUGUACGAGAUUCCAAGGAAGAGAAUAGUGCUAGACGAGCACCUCCAGCUGUUCAAAUCGUCUAGUACAUUCAACGCCAUCGUUGAAUUUAUAGAUAAACUCAACAAUGCGGUAGUUGACGUGAAGUUGACUGAUGAGGUUCACGUAUCAGACGGCGUUAUAAAAGUACUACAGUUAUUAGAUAAAAUCGACGAAAUCGCUUCUGCAAGCCCUCCUAUAGAGAACAAUCAAUCAAGAUUUGGUAACCCGGGCUUUAGAACGUUUAUAGAUAAGCUAGUUGAAAACAGUGAUGAACUACACAGUGGAUUGGGUAUUCCGAGAGAAUCAAUCGUUGAAUUAUCGCCAUAUUUGAAUGAAUCAUUCGGUAACAAACAACGUAUCGAUUAUGGCAGUGGAAUGGAAUUGAACUUCUUAUGCUGGCUUAUAUGUCUUGACAAAUUGGGAUUGUUCGAGGAUGCUGACUCUAGUGCAUUAGUAUUGAGGAUAUUUUGGAGAUACAUCACUAUAAUGCGUAAGUUACAAUCAACAUUCUGGCUUGAACCUGCAGGAAGUCACGGUGUAUGGGGACUUGACGAUUAUCACUUUUUGCCAUUCCUUUGGGGUAGUGGACAACUCAGUAGUCAUAAAUACCUCCGUCCUAAGAGCAUACACGAUAACGAAGUCAUGUACGAAUUCUCAAGCGCGUACAUGUAUUUAGGUUGCAUUAGUUUCAUUAACAGUAUAAAGACAGCAUCUUUACGUUGGCAUUCACCAAUGUUGGAUGACAUUUCAGCUGUCAAAAGUUGGUCAAAGGUGAAUGAAGGGAUGUUUAAGAUGUACAAAGCGGAGGUACUGGGUAAACUACCUAUUAUACAACACUUCUUGUUUGGUAGUAUACUGCCAUGUCCUGAAGGAAUGCCUGAAGAUGCAAAAAUGGAAGACGCAGAUUGUGGACAUAACCAUGGACACGUCGACAGAACAAAACACCAUGGAACAUUCGGUUCAGACUGCUGUGGAAUACCAGUGCCAUCAGCCUUUGGAGAAGCCUACUCUCAGAAGAGUAAUGUAAAGAGAAUACCAUUUGACUAG